UUGUUGAGAUUGGCAGUGCGGAGUGGAUGUUAUUUUGUGUUUUAUUUAAUUUUAUUUCGCUACAAUGACGAAAUGGUGGAAUUGGGUGCUCGGGAUAGCGUUAUUCUGUCUGUUAUUUGUCGCCAUACCCAUAACGCUAAAUAAACAGAAAUCUAUGGAAGAACUCAAGCCAAUGUUUGACGAUUAUAUAGCAAAGUUCAAUAAAAGUUAUAGAAAUCCCGAAGAAUAUAUGGCAAGAUUUCAGCAUUUUGUGGCAUCAGUACGAGAAAUAGAACUCCUAAACGCUGGCUCCAGAGGUCCAGACCACUGCAAAGCCAAAUAUGGUCUGACAAGACUAUCAGACAUGUCUAAAACUGAGUUCAAAGACAUACAUUUGUCAGACGAGAAACUCCCUGCAGAAGCUAUUAAUAGGAGAAGAAACAGGUCUAAUAGGAGAGCAAGGCAUACGGAUGGAGAUUGCAAUAAUGAGCCUCAUAAUAAUGUUUAUGUUAUUAUCAGGAAGAAAAGGGCAGCUGCGUUGCCUUUGCAAGUUGAUUGGAGGACCAAAGGAGUGAUAGGUCCCAUACAAGACCAGGGUCUCUGUGGUGCUUGCUGGGCAUUCAGCACCGUUGGCACCAUUGAAGCCAUGUCUGCCAUCAAAACUGGCAAGCUGGACAAACUUAGUGUGCAGGAAGCAAUAGACUGCGCAGGUCUAGGCAACAGCGGCUGCGCCGGCGGCGACAUCUGCCUACUUCUAGAUUGGCUGACAAUGACUGACACAGCCAUACCGACGGAAGCGGAGUACCCGCUACGUUUGACUGACGGCGUUUGUAAAGCUAAGAAAAAUACUACGGGAGUUAAAGUGAAGACUUUUACUUGUGACGAUUUUGUUGGCUCUGAAGACAAGAUCCUGACGUCUUUAGCGAACCAUGGGCCGGUGACUGUGGCAGUUAACGCUCUCACCUGGCAACAUUACCUAGGAGGAGUUAUACAGUUCCAUUGCAGCGGUUCAGCAUUAGAACUCAACCACGCGGUCGAGUUAGUGGGCUACGAUUUAACCGGCGACGUUCCGUUCUACAUAGCCAAGAAUUCCUGGGGAAAAGACUUUGGAAACUCGGGAUAUCUCAACCUGGCUAUUGGCUCUAACAUCUGUGGUUUAGCCAAUGAGGUUGCUUCUGUUGAUGUUAAAUAAAAAGUAAUAUUAAAAAGUGAUAAGAUAGCGAUUUCCGAACGUUUUUUGGUGCAGUUGACAGUUGCUGUCAGUCAAUAACAAAGAUUUUUCAUAGGGCGACAUUGAUAUAUAUGUACUACGCACUAGAUGGAACGUUCCAAAUAAAAAGCUUGCCACACUGAAAUGCACUGCAGACUUUGCAUAGCCCAAAAUAGCAAAUCAGAGCGAUUUUGACACCUGCGUCAGAUGGAUGUCUAUAAAACGACAAUUGUAAAAUAGAAAAUACAUAUCAAGGCAUAAACUUACACAAAUUAACUAUUCGAUCGUAUAAGCCAUACCUCUCAUAAACAUCGAUAUCCAUUCAUUUCAUCCAAUAACAAACAUGCAUCACACUGGAAGUGCAUUUCAAGUCUAAGAUUUAUUAUUUUUAAGAGAAAAAAAACAUCGUAAUUAUUAUUAAAAUAUCCUUAAAAAUAAGUUCCUGGUUACAUGAUUAUAAUUACAAUACAUGAUAAUCAUUACAUGAUUUUGAAUUCACUCAGAUAUAAACUUUUUGAGUAAUGAAGAAUGUAGGCAAAAUACGAGCAAAAAUAUUAUGUCACUUCUGCAAUUAACAUUAAUGGGGAUGACUACCUGUCACAAUACGUCAACAAGAUAAAUUAUUUGUAUGGAUGUUCUUGUCUAUCGUUAGAAUAUAUGUCAAUGUAGGCCGAGUAAUUUCUCCGUCUAUGGUAUUAUCCCUUAAAACCAAACAGCUGUCAACUGCACAUAGGACGCGGUGUAUGACUAUGACCGAUCUUAACAUUUGAUCCAUCUAUUGAUUUGCUCUUUAGAGAUAGAAUUUUGUCAAUAGCUUCAUACAAGUGUAUGCUCUACAAGACCUAUGUAUGGUCCACUAGAGCAUGCGUAACUUAUAUGGCAAAAGAUAGAUAGAGCAAAGGAACAGAUGGAUCGAAAAUAGGGAACGGUUCUUAGUGACUUUUUUAAAUAUGGCGGUUACGUCCAAAAUUGUCUUGCCAUUUUUAUUUUAUUACAUUGAUAUUUUUAGGUAAAUUGACAUUGUAUUAAUAAAUUGAUUGACUAUUGGUCCAAGUUCACAAGACCACACAAACGUUAUUUUUCUUAAAACAAACUUGUUGGUUGUCUUGGGCCUAAAUAGAGAAAUUGUGUAUGUAGAGGAGAGUUAAGACGGUGAUUUUUUUAAAGCUUUUAUAUUUUCCGAUGUUAGUUUCAAUUCACAUUGAGUGCGCUAAAAAUCAUGUAAAAUGAUCAUAUGGAAAGUACAGAUCUAUGCUUUAUUUCACGAAAUUGGUUGAGCCAAGCUUGUGUGUCUUAAAAUAACAACUUAUGACGUCAUUGGUCAGCCCAAAUGAUAAGCCACGUCGUCCGAAAUAAGCGUUAAUUGGUUAAGACGAUACCUCGUUGCGAUGUUCACGGGCGAACUGGGUAAAUGGUUGAGAGGGAUAGAACUAUGCGAUAGCAACGUAAAUAGAUAGAGAGAGGAAACAUGCAACCUGCUCGAAAGAAAAUAACGUAAGCGCCAUACUAAAUAAAAAUUUAUUAAAAAAUCAAUUUUAUGUUUCUUUAAAAACUGAUUUCUGAUUAAUGUUUAAUAAGAUAUUAUCUACAUUCUUCAGUAUUUUAAUGUGACAGAAAGUACAUGACUACGACAUAAAAUUCAUAAAAUGUUAUUUUUAGAGGUAAGUUCUGAUUUAUUUUCUAUCGAGAAAAGUUACUUGUUUUAUGUUUUUGUCUUCGGAUUAAUCUAGGUAAUAUAGUCAACAAACACAUAUAAAAAAAAAAUAAUUAUUCAAAUAAGAAUUCUUAAAUUAAAAUUAACGUAAAAAAAUUGUUUAAUUUCGAGGUAUCGCCUUAACGAUGUGCCUUUAAUUGUAAUUAAUAAGCAAUAACUCAUAAAAUAAGUUUUUGAUAUAUUUUUUUAAACUAGUGCCAAUUGUAAUGCAGGAUAACAAGCGUUAGUAACAUGUAUUGUGAAAGUAGUUUUAAUACAAAGUGGUGAUGACAAUACGACAAUAAAUGAAAACAUGGACAAUACUAUUUCAUAGGUAGGUAUAACUCAAACUUUGAAAAUAUAAAACAUAAAAAGUAAACAUUUCAAGCACACUAAAUGACAUUCAAUUACCUACUUAAAACACUUUACUAAAUAGUUUUGGUUCGCUUUUAAGUAAUCUAUAUUAAUAAUGUAAGAAAGUGUUUUUUGUUUCUUUAUUUGUACUACUAGCUUCUGCCAGCGGUUUCACCCGCAUCCCGUGGGAACUACUUCCCGUACCGGGAUAAAAAGUAGCCUAUAGCCUUCUUCGAUAAAUGGGCUAUCUAACACUGAAAGAAAUUUUCAAAUCGGACCAGUAGUUCCUGAGAUUAGCGCGUUCAAACAAACAAACAAACUCUUCAGCUUUAUAAUAUUAGUAUAGAUAAAGACUCCAAACUCUUUGACUCUUGAAAAAGCUAGACUAUAUCCAAAUAACAUGGGGUAUAUUUUAUCCCCGUACGGGAAGGGUGUAACCGCGGGAAAACGACAAGUUUUUAUAGGUGUGUAUGUUUAAUUCAUUGUCGUAUUGUCAUCAAUGUAUAAAAAUACCAUAUUUGUUUUAUAAUUCGUUUUUUUUUUUUUAAUAUAAAAUGCGUAUUUCUAAAUAUUAUAGAUAUUUUAUGUUUGUUAAUACUUUACUUAUAUUUAAUUUGAAUUUUGUAUUAUUAGAACGCAAAAAGUUACUAAGGUAUGCUUUUGUGAUAUUGUAUAUAUUUUUAUUUUUAAGUACAAUUUUAACAUUUGUUUAAUUUUGCUUAAGGAAACAUAGAUUAUUUUGUAAAGUACCUAAGUUACAAAUCACUUAAUUUAGUCUAUUAAUAAUGUGCCACGUAGUUUAUUUUUAUCUCGGUUCAAGAUAUUAUUAGUUUUAAGGCUAAUUUCUCAAUCUUCAGUCAACUUCUAUCUUAAAAUGACAUAAUUAUAUUAAUAAAAAAACUGUCAAAACGUCAAACAUUUUUUUGAGAUAGAGUUAUCUGGAAAUUGAGAAAUCGGCCCUAAAAUAUACUCGAAUAUAAGUAAUUAUGAUUCCAUGACAAUUAAUGUUACCCAUAGUAGAAUGUGCCUUAUUUUAUUUAAGUACAAGGAAAUUAUUCCAAUUUUUUAUAUUAUAUGAUACUUUUUAUUUUAUAAAAAAAAUAUGUAACUAUAAAUCAUUGGGACCAAACCCUAAUUUGUUAUAAAAUAUAUUGUAUAAUAUUAAGUAGACCUUUAAUAAAAUUGUUACAACAUUCCGAGCCAAUGUUUUUGUACAAUAUAUUACAAUGAGAACAAAAUAAAAGGCUGUUUUUAUUA